AUGAGCUCGUCCCUGUUGUUCAGUACGUUUGAAGUCUCGAAGCAAGUCUUCUUCCGCACGGCAACGACUGCUGCAAUCGUAAAUCUCAAGCCACUCGUUCCCGGUCAAGUCUCUUCGCUCUUCAAAUCUGUCCAAGUCGUCGGUCGGACAGUUCAACAGGCGUACAAGGCAGAUGGAUUGACAAUUGCAUGCCAAGAUGGCGAGGCGGCUGGUCAAUCCGUCCCACACGUUCACAUCCAUAUCAUCCCGCGUAAAGCCGUUGGAGAUCGCUUCUCGCAAAAUGACGAGAUCUAUCCAGAACUAGAAAAGCAUGAAGUACAUAUGCUCGGCGAUAUCAACGGAUCUAAUGGUGCGGAAGGUCCCACGGUAGACGUUCACCCGAACAGUGCAUUAGAAACUAAAGCCCACGGUGUGGAAGGCAAAGGUCGAGGGUCGGAUCGUGGGUCGUUUGCUGUUGAUGACGCGUUACGAAAACCACGCUCCGCAGAAGAUAUGGAACGCGAGGCGGCGUGGCUCACCGGACUGGUCCCCCCGCCUCCGGAGGACAUUGAUGAAUGA